AUGAAUGACACAGACAGUCAACCGCUGUUAGAUUCCAGAACAGGUCCUGAUGAGGCACUCUUCUAUGAGUCCAUCCCGCAGAUCAGGCAGAAUGGACGCCCAAUAUCGACGCGCGACACCGUUCCCGAGACAGCUACCUAUGGCCGCAACCUCAACUGGUCCAGCGCGUAUAUCCUGGUGAUUUCCCGCGUGAUUGGCAGCGGCAUCUUUGCAACACCGGGUUCAAUAGUAAAGUCGGUUGGAAGCGUGGGGUUAUCGCUGUUGGUAUGGCUGGUCGGGACCAUUCUGGCUGCCUGCGGACUCGCCGUGUCGAUGGAGUUUGGGUGCAUGUUCCCACGGUCUGGCGGCGACAAAGUGUAUCUCGAAUAUACGUAUCCUCGUCCGCGAUUCCUAGCGUCGACUCUGAUUGCGGUUCAAGCGGUUUUGCUCGGGUUCACCGCGAGCAACUGCAUCAUCUUCGCCAAGUACACGUUGUUCGCGCUCAGCAUCGACCCGACCGAGUAUCAGCACAAGGCGUUGGCUGUCGGGCUUCUGACCGCCAUUACAAUUGUCCAUGGGUGUUUUCUUAAGUCUGGUAUCUGGAUCCAGAACAUGUUGGGGUGGGUUAAGAUCUUCAUGAUUGGGGCCAUGGCGCUCACCGGGCUGUGGGUGAUUCUCUUCCGUUCCAAUGAUUAUGAGUACUCGAAUUUGGCAUCGACGGCUGGCAGUCGGAUAGGGUACGAAGUCUUCGAAUGGGAUAAUCUCUGGGAAGGGUCGAAUUGGAGCUGGAGUCUACUGUCGACGUCGCUCUUCAAGGUCUUCUAUUCCUACGCUGGGCUGAACAACGUCAAUAAUGUCCUCAAUGAGGUCCAGGAUCCGAUUCGGACGAUCAAGUCCGUCUGUCCGUCUGGAUUACUCACAGCUUGUGGAUUGUAUCUCCUUGCAAACAUCUCCUACUUCCUCGUUGUUCCCAUCGACGAGAUUAAAAACAGCGGCGAGCUGGUAGGGGCCCUCCUAUUCGAGCGAGUCUUUGGAGCGCAUGUCGGCAGGACUCUGUUCCCUCUGGCAAUUGCCAUAUCGGCAGCUGGGAACGUCAUGGUGGUCUGCUUUGCCUGGGGUCGAAUCAACCAGGAAAUUGCGCGGCAGGGGUUCCUCCCAUUCUCAUCUGUUCUCUCAUCUUCUCGCCCAUUCAACUCCCCCCUUGGAGGACUCAUCGUGCACUAUGUCCCGUCUCUCCUGGUGAUAGCCCUUCCUCCGCAGAAUGACGUGUAUAAUUUCAUCCUUGACGUGGAGGGAUACCCUGGCCAGAUCUUUGCUCUCGCAAUCGCGAUUGGCCUUCUUCUCCUGCGAAGGCGACAGCCAAAUCUACCGCGUCCGUUCAAAGCGUGGCUUCCUGCUGUGUGGCUGCGGAUUGUCGUGUGUGUUGCCCUCCUGGCGGCCCCGUUUAUUCCUCCUCCGGAUCAAAAGGGCGACGUGGACUUUUUCUACGCGACCUAUGCCAUCGUCGGGGUUGGAGUUCUCUUGUUUGGUGUGGUCUAUUGGUAUAUCUGGACGGUUCUUCUGCCACGAUGGGGAAAAUAUACGCUAGAAGAGGAGGUGGAUGUGCUGGACGAUGGCACCAGUAUCACGAAGCUGGUUCGUUCGUACAUUUUCUAG